GUGACCCAGUAAUAAAAAACAUUGCGGCAUUAUUCCCUAACUGCAGAUCCUCUAUUCCUUAUCUAGAUACAAACCGUUCCGUCAAGGCAGCAGCGGAGAUUCAACGCAGAAAACAGCUGGGAGGACCAAGUGCGACAAAAUGAGCUGCACUCUGUUGCUGCAGGGUGUUCUACUGACCCUGUGUGUGGUCUGGUGCGGAGCGAGAGAUGGUCCUACCCUGGACUAUGAUGAUGAAAAUGACAGCGAUGAUUCAGAAGACGACAUUAACACGGGCUCAAUACCAAGUGUGGAUGACAUCAUGAAAUCAUUUAAAGCCACUCGGCAAAAGGUGAAUGGUACCAAUGAGACGUACAUCGUAGUGGAUGAGGCAGUUAGAGCCCACCUGACUGGUACCACCACCUUAGCUGUCAUCCCAGCUCUUUAUACCUUGGUCUUUGCUGUCGGGCUGCCAGCUAACGCACUGGGACUGUGGAUAAUGGCGACCAAGAUCAGGAAGCUUCCUUCCACCGUCUUCCUGAUCAACCUGACCACGGCCGACCUCCUCCUCAUGCUGAUCCUGCCGUUCAAGAUCUCCUACCACCUCCAGGGCAACAACUGGGUCUUCGGGGAAGCUCUGUGCCGGACGAUGACCGCCUUCUUCUACGGCAACAUGUACUGCUCCAUCCUCCUCCUCACCGUCAUCAGCGUCGACCGCUACUGUGCCCUGGUCCACCCGUUCACCUCCCGGCAGUUCAGGGACAACGUGUUCGCCGCCUGCGUGUGCUCAGCCAUCUGGGUGAUCACUCUACUCCUGGUCCUGCCCUUCCUCUUCGUGGAGCAGCAGCUCCGACCCCACAACCUGAACAUCACCACCUGCCACGACGUGCUGCUGCAGGAUCAGCAGACCGGAUUUUUCUUCCGCUACUUUGCAUCCCUGGUGGUGGUCGGCUUUUUAAUCCCUUGCUGUGUCACCUUAUUCUGCUACGGCUCCGUCAUCAAGACUUUAAUGGCCAACAAAAAGAGUUACACGCGGGCCGCGGUGGUCACUUUGCUGAUUCUGCUGGUGUACGUCGGAUGCUUUGCCCCCAGCAACGUAAUCCUCCUCAUUCACCACUCCGAGUACCAGCUCACCGGCGACAGUGAUCUCUACAUUUACUACAUGGUCUGCCUGGUUCUCAGCAGUGCCGGGAGCUGCAUCGACCCCUUCAUUUAUUAUUACAUUUCCGACGAGUUCAGGGUCAGGGUCAAGCAUGUCAUUUGCUGCAGCAAGGCCCAGCAGUCCUCUCGAUCCGGCCGGACGACCACUCAAGAACUCUUGCGCACCAACACCACCUCCUCCUCAAACUCCCGGGCCAGGGCAACAGUGAGAACUAACAUCUGAUUCGGUGGAGGACCUGGGAAAACCUCAAGGACCUGAGGAGAAAAUAAAAAAUAGAGAGAUCGAUCCAGAAACGGCUUUGGGCCUGUAAAUACUUGCAGUCCUAACUGCCUGGCCAAGUAGUUCAAAGAAAUGGGAUAUGAUCCAAAAUCUGUUUGUUCAGGUUAAUUCAGGAUAUUAUUUUUUUUUUCCCCCAGGUGUCACUUCUUUGGAAUGAAGAAGUGUUGCCGUUAGCGACAUUGCAAGUUCUAUAUUCUAAGCAAGUGUUUACAAAGUAGAGGAACUGCCUUUUUUCGCUCCACACCACAGCUUCCUAAUAGAGUCGUAGACGCAUGCAGCACGGCAACAGGCCCAUCAGCCCAAGUUCCCCACACUGGCCAACAUGUCCCAUCUACACUUAGUCCCAUCUGCCUGCAUUUGGCCCAUAUCUCUCUAAACCUGUCCUAUCCAUGUACCUGUCUAAAUGUUUCUUCAUUGUUGCGAUAGUCCCAGCCUCAGCUACCUCCUCUGGCAAUUCAUUCCAUGCACCUACCACCCUUUGCGUGAAAAGGUUACCCCUCAGAUUUCUAUUAAAUCUUUCUCCCCCCCCCCCCCCCCGACCUUAAACCGACGCCCGCUGGUUCUUCUAACGUCUCACUCUUCCCCUUUCUCACCUGAGGCUCCUAACGGUAACCUUUAUCUUGGUGGUACAAUGGCACCGCGACAGAGCUGCUGCCUCACAGCAUCGCAGUCCAGGGUUCAAUCCUGACUGCAGUUGCUGUCUGUGUGGAGUUUGCACGUUCUCCCUGUGACUGCGUGGGUUUUCUCCUGGUGCACCGGUUUCCUCCGCCAUUCUAAAUACGUGCAGGCGUGUAGGUUCAUUCACUUCUGUAAAU